AUGAAAGAAAAUCUACGGGGAGAAGGGAACAAUGAAAAGCAGAAAGCAAAACUGAAAGAACAAGACAAAAGGGAAAAACAGAGAGGAGGGAAGUACUUUCGGUGCAUCAGAGACAAUUCUAAAGUCAGUACCCAAAAGAAAACAUUUCCUGAGGUGCAAGCGGAAAGGCUAGAGCAAGCACAGCGGACUGUUUUAAUUAACUGCCCAGCCAAGAUAGAUGAGAGAAAAUUUCUGAAGUAUUUGUCCCAUCAUGGAAAAAUUAACAGUCACUACUUUUAUGAAAGCUAUGGUACCUAUGCUGUGGUAGAAUUUUCUGAAAAAGACAGCAUAACUUCACUACAGGAUGUUACCCGAAUGCCAGGCAUUGAAGAGGAAUGUGCUGUUCCAUUUAAAUCUAGAGUUUUUACUUUAACAUUGAAAAACCUAUCAACUCAAGCUGCUGAUCAGGCACCAGUUCACUGUCAUAAGCAAGCCACCAUUCUAGUCAGUGAGCUUAUUCAGAAGCUUUGUAGUGCUGACAGCGUAAGCAAUCAGUUAUAUACCCUAAUGGAUGAGUAUCAGCUAACAGAGGAGAACAUCAAGCUCCGAUUUCUAGUCUGUUCUCUGAUUCAAGAUAUUGCUUGUGCAUAUUUUCCAGAGAGCACAGUGAAGCCAUUUGGCUCAUCAGUGAACACCUUUGGCAAAUUAGGAUGCGAUUUAGACAUGUUUUUGGACUUGGAUGAAAUUGGGCAGAACUCUACACGAGCGAAAACAGGUGCCUUUUAUAUGGAAUAUCAGAUGAAGAGAGUACCUUCUGAAAGAACAGCAUCACAGAGAAUCCUCUCUGUGAUUGGUGAUUGCAUUGACAAUUUGGGCCCAGGCUGUGUGGGUGUACAAAAGAUACUCAAUGCUCGCUGUCCAUUGGUGAGAUUUUCCCAUCAACCAACAGGGUUCCAGUGUGACCUAACAACUAACAAUAGAGUUGCCCUGAGAAGUUCAGAACUCCUUUAUAUAUAUGGUAGCCUUGACUCACGUGUAAGAGCUCUUGUGUUCAGCGUACGGUGCUGGGCCCGUGUACAUGGCAUCACAAGUAAUAUUCCUGGUCACUGGAUUACAAACUUCUCUCUGACAAUGAUGACCUUGUUUUUCCUCCAAAAAAGAACACCGCCUAUUAUUCCAACACUAGACCAACUUAAAGCUCUAGCAGAUUCAGAAGAUAAGCACAUAAUCCAAGGUAAUGACUGUACCUUUGCUAGCAAUUUGAACAAAAUUAAGCCUACAGAAAAUACAGAAACGUUAGAUGUGCUGCUGGGUGACUUCUUUGAAUAUUUUGGGAAUUUUGCUUUCAAUAAAAACUCUAUAAAUAUUAGAAAGGGAAAGGUGCAAAAUAAGCCUGAGCCUUCUCCUCUCUACAUUCAGAACCCCUUUGAACAGACCCUCAAUGUGAGCAAGAAUGUUAAUCAAAGCCAGCUGGAUAGAUUUGUAGCUUUGGCCAGAGAGUGUGCCUGGAUUUUACAGCAGGAAGAUAAAGGUCAUUCUUCAUUAAGUAAUAGCCAGCCUUGGGGACUGGCAGCCCUACUGCUGCCAUCUGUAACAAGUAACAGUGUCAAGAGCAAGAGGAGAAAGAGGGGACCAACAAGUGAACGAAUCAAGAACCUGUUGGACUCUUUAAAGAUUAAUAAUGAAAACAGUUUGGUGAACAAUGGUGGGAAAAGGACCUUUAGCAAUCAAGCACGAUAGCUGCCGCUGAAACUUGCUUGUGGUAAAUAAUUGGAAGAAUAUUGUAAAAACUUAGUUUCUACUUAAGGUGCAAUGGAGAAACUUUCCUCCUGCUUCCACUGUGCCCUAAACCUUAUGCUGACCUAUAUAGUUCCACUGGGCAUUCUCUCUUUUACAUCCCUCUGCAAUCUUCCACCUGACCAAUGGAUGAAGAGCAUCCAGACAUCAGCUUUCACAUAUUGCUUCUUAGACCUAGCCUUAUCCAGGGUAAAGGUCAGAAAGCAAGACAGACUGGGCCAGCAGGUGACAAACAGUGCUAAGCAAAGGAGGUGCCAAAGCAAUGAAACCAAGGCUUAAAAAGUGAUGUGCACACUCCCUACCACAUUAAUGCACUAGAGACCAUUUUAAAUCAAAGUACUUGUACCCCUUUUGUAACCAUUUUCCACACACGUAAAUGGUGCCACAUUUAAUAAAGCGACUGGAAUUUACUAGUAUAGUUAACAUGUAAUUUCAUAUAACAUUGCUUUCAGGGCUUUUCUUAACCAUUUUAAACUAAAUGAAUGAGGGUUUGCUGCAUGCACUAUUGAUGGGUCACAACCUGAAAAUGAGUUGCCAGAAUGCAGCAAAAGAUGGCCAGGCUGUACUCCUUGCUCUGGGCAUUGUAACCUGAUGUACAAGCUUCUGCCUCCUCUCCAUCUGUCAGGGGUGCCACGAUGGUGCUGUGACCCGGGAGGCAGUGCUUGCAAUGGGGAGCCAAGCCCAGCUGACCCCACGGAAAAGGAGCUGGGAAGGAGUAGCUGGUGGUGUUUUCCAGUAAAUAAUGGCCCUUAGAUGUACCCCUUCCGCCAUAGCCAGGCAACUUCCUCUCUGCCGUUGCCCUGUACUGGUCCCCAGGAACCUCAAAUCACCCCAUCCCUUUAACUUGUAUUCUCCUGAGUGAGAUAUGUGGGGAGAAACUGUAGUUUCUGGGAGUUAGUGGCUCACUUCCCAGUCCCCUGGACUCCUCUGCCCUCAAUCUCUCCACUUUUUUUUGCAGGUCCCCAAAUUUUCCCCAGCCCCUUACUAUCUGUCCCUCAGGGGCCAAGAGAGGGAGAGCUGAGUGAUUUUUUUCGGGGUGGGAGGGAAGGUGUUUUGACUUGCUCUCCCCCUUUACCCUUCCCCAGUUGGUGAAGUUUCCCCAGCUAUUCACAUCUGGCUGGAGUAUCUGGAAUGCCAGCUGUAAGCCCCUGUCCUUCCCCCAGACAUCAGGAGAUGAAGGCAUCAAGUCUGGGAUGUGUUGGUGGGGGCAAUUGCUGGUUGUCAGGUUUACAAAUGGGUCUUGAGCCAAAAGGGUUGAGAACCAUUGCUGCAGUGAAUACCAAAACUAGAAAGUAAUUCCGACAACUAGAAAGUAAUACUGACAAUGAACAUUGAAUACCACCUUUGUACUCUAGAGAAAGUCUAGUUUUUAAGAAACAGCCAUAAUUUAAGCAUCAUACAAUCAUGAUAUUGAGAUAUAUACUCAUCAUGGUUAAUAUUUCAGACUUUUCAGAAUUGCAGCAGUAUUACUUAGGCUUGGUUUUCAUUUCUAGAACUGCAGUCUGAUCUGGUAUGGUAGCAUUAACUGAAGAAAAAUAAGUAGAUCUGGUGACUGAAAGCAGCACUUUUCUGUAAAGACCUACAGAUCCCUCACGGCAAGAAUAUCACUUUUCAGCAGUCACCACUAUAAUCUGUUAAAUUCUUCGUGUGAGUUAAAAUCUUUUUAUUAGAAAAUUUCAUAUUAAUAUUGUUUUUUAAAAUAGUAACAUCCCUCUGCAUGUAUGAAUUUCGGAUUCAUAAAUACUUUAU